AUACAAUUGUUAUGUACACAUUAGACAUUAAAAAUAUGUAUUAUUGAUUAACAAAUAAUGAAUAAAUUAUAAGAAUAAUAAAUAAUUAGUUUCUUUUUCUCUGGACACGAGUUUGAAUUAAAAGAAGAAAAAAUGUGAAGCAAGUAAAUAAAAUUUUGUUAAAAGUGACAGCUUAUCAAUGACAGCUGUCUAAAACACACGUGCUAAUUACGCAAUUUAUUAAUUAAUCAUCAAGUUAAAUAAAUAAAUUAUCAUGCGCUAAAUAUUUAUUGUAAUUCAAAUUUUGCUACUGAUGAGCGUAAAUGCAGCUGACGGCAAUUUUUAAAUUUUUAAAUAAACAAAUAAAAUCGGUCUGGUGUAUUCCGCUUUGCUCCAGGAAGUAUGUUAAUUACCCGUAUAUGUCUGUUGCUUUGUGAUAACGAUAUCUCAUUCGUCUAAUUUAUAUGUUAAGCAGCUUUAUUUCUUCAAGCGACGCACUUGCACACAUUUUUAGUCACACUGUCAGUUGAGAGUGAGUGUCAGUGGAUUUAAAAGAAACAAAAUAAUAAUAUAUAAAUAUAUAAGUAUAUAUAAUAAAUGAAUAAUAAAUAAAUCUAUCUGAAAGUAGGCAGAAAUUAGAAAGACAUUUGUGCCAGUAUCAUAUUAUCAGUUGCUCUGCAGACUAUUAAAAUUUUAUACGUAGAUAUAUUUUUAAAAAUUUUAUUCUUUUGAAUUUGCCGAUUAUAAAAUGAUAUUUAAUAUCCAGUUGUUUUUAUUUUUUAUUAUUUUAUUUAAUAUUUGUAAUGGGGAUUAUACAGCAGACUAUUGGACGAAUCAAUGGCAAUGGCAGACAAUCUGCCCGGAUUUAUACCCACAUACAUUCAAAAGUUUUACACCAAGAGGUAACAUGACUUACGGUAAUUACACGAGGGUGCAACAUGUAACAGGAAUAAAACAGUGCGCAUUAUCAUGCUGCACAGCACCGACAUGUAAUGUCGUGCUUGUCUUCAAUUCAACGUGUUAUCAUGUGCAAUGCAGAGAAUCAGAUAAAUGUGCGCCUUUAUAUCGCCAGGAGUUUGCUAAUUUAGUGGACCCGCCGAGUAUGGUCUUGGUGAAGCCAGUAGAGAAUGACAUCACGUGGAACGAAGUACUUGGUCAGAUUUACGAAACAAAUCCUUUAUUGAUUGACGCAGUAUCUAAUCGUGAUAGCAAUAUGAUGGGUAUCAAUUGCAUGGACAAUAAUGACUGUCAAGAUAAUCAAGUGUGCGUUAAACACACAACUGAUGACGAUAAACCCGGUGACGUUGGUGUUUGCGAAGAGAUACAAAGUGAUUUUGUGGUUGAUUCGGAUGUCAAGUCUGGUAAGAAAAGUCCAAUGAGCAUGGAGAUGGAUACCAAGCCAGUGUUAAAAAAACAACUUGUGGUAUCAGCAGUUUCGAAAGAAGUUCGUCUACCUGAUAACCAAGUAACUCUAUCAGCAUUUACAGUCCCAGCUGAGCAAGGUAACGAACAUUACAAUUAUGCUUGGAGUUUGUUGAGCCAACCGGAAGGACACACGGGAACUAUGACUGACCAAAAUCUACCAACAGUAAAACUGAGUAAUUUAUCUGAGGGGUUGUAUAAAUUCCGUGUUGUGGUGACGAGUUUGAAUGCUUAUGGAGAAGCUUAUGCUAAUGUCAGUGUGCUGCCGCCUAAACGCAUAAACAAACCACCGAUAGCUAUAAUUUCUCCGAGCUCACAGAUUGUCAAAUUACCAAACACUGGAGCUGUGCUAGACGGCUCGUCGAGUACCGACGACGAUAGUGUUAUUUCUUAUCACUGGGAACUACAGCAGGGGCCUAUAGGCUAUCAGCCAAACCUCGUUGAUACUCCAACGUUGCAGCUGGACAAUCUUAUCGCUGGAAAUUAUACAUUUAAAUUGACUGUUCAGGACUCGGAUCACGUGACAAAUUUUACUACUGCAAACAUAACGGUACUUAAGUUGAUAGAUUAUCCUCCGAGCGCGAACGCUGGUCAGGAUAUUAUUAUUUAUUUGCCACAAAACACGAUAACUUUGAAUGGAAAUCUUAGCACUGAUGAUCAUGGGAUCGCGAGCUGGGAAUGGACCAAAAGCCCGUCAGAUCAAAACAAAGCCGUUGAUAUGCAGAAUACCAGGACACCGUACUUGCAGUUGUCUAAUUUGGAGGAAGGAAUGUACACGUUUGUUUUGAAAGUAACUGAUGACUCAGAUCAAUACUCAACCGCUGAAGUUCAUGUCUUCGUUAAACCACCGACAAAUAAACCGCCAAAAGCUGACGCUGGUAAAGACAUAACUGUAGCGUUGCCGCAAACUAGAGUUAAACUUGACGGUAAUAAUAGUAAGGAUGAUAUCAAAAUAGUAUCUUAUCAUUGGGAACAAUUAUCGGGUCCUAAUAAAGCUGAAAUUUCUGCUGCUAAUAAAUCAGUAACUGAUGCUACUAAAUUAACCAAAGGAAUUUAUGUUUUUAAAUUGACGGUAAUUGACGACAAUGGCAACAAAGAUUCUGAUACUGUCAAGGUUGAAGUUACGCAGUAUAAAAACGCACCACCAAAAGCCAACGCAGGUGGUGACCAAGUUGUCAUAGCUCCUGUGAGCGCUUUGAUAAUCAACGGGUCCCAGUCAACGGAUGAUUUGAAAAUAACCCAGUGGUUGUGGACAAGAGAUCCAACCAGCUUGGCUAUUGGUAAAUUAAUUGACGGUACUAAUCACUCGCCAAUUUUGAUGGUAACUGAUGUCGUUCCUGGAAGAUAUGUAUUCAAAUUAAAGGUUACUGAUGAUCAAGGACUAAGUAGCGAAGACACUGUAUCAGUUAUCGUUAAAUCAGAUCCUCAGUUACUGCAUUUGGUUGAACUGACUUUGAAUAUCGGAGCGCAUUUACUGACGGAGUCACAGAAAAAUUCACUGGUUGUUAAAUUGCAGAUGUUGCUGCGAGACGAGGCCUCUAUUGUGGUAAGAGAUUUAAAACCUGAACCUCACACUGGACGUGCGUGCUUGAUAUUUUACGUUGAGCGUAAGGAUAAAAAAGUGUCGAUGACUGGCCGUGAGGUGGUCGACAGAUUGAAAGAAAAGUUCAAGCAGGACUCGGGACUUUUGCAGCUCUCGGUGACGUCAAUUGAUACUGUGAUUUGUCAAAAUAAUUGCUCGGGUCAUGGAGUCUGCGAUGAGGAGUCACGGCGGUGUCUGUGCGAAGCAUUUUGGAUGCAGAAUUUGAUACAAAAAUAUUUCGGCAACGGGGAAUCCAAUUGUGAAUGGAGUAUUUUGUAUGUCAUCAUAGCUCUGCUGUCACUUGUGGUCUUUUGGAUUGGCUUUAUUUGGAGUAUUAUUUGUCUGUGUCAAAGAAUUUGUGGCGGCAAAAGUCGCACGAGGUUUAAAAAAAAAUCAACACGUUACUCGUUACUUCAACCGCAUCUUGCUGAUGAUGAUGACAGCGGCGGAGCAUUUUUACGACAGAAAAUGGCCAUCUCUGAAUCCGAUACUGAGUCUGAUGAUGUUCUGUUUGAACAUCGGAGAUUUAAUAAUAAUAAAAAUAAUUAUGACCAUAAUAUUAGAAUAAAUAAUAGCAAACCACGAAAUGGAUUCGUAAAAUCUAAUUCAAAAAUUAAAACAUGAAAUAAAAUAAAAUAUUUAUUGUCACAUUUAUUUCUUUUCGUAUGAUAAAAUACUACAGAAAUUUUUCUAAUAAAUGAUAUAUUUAAUAUAUAUAUAUAUUAUAAAUAUAUAUAUUCAUUUAAUAUAGCUUUAUAUUUUUAAAAUAAGAAACGAUGCACAUAUUUUUCCUGUAAAAGUAUAAAGAAAAACUACCUAGUCUUCUGUGU